AUGGCCGAAAGUCCAGUCAAGGAAAGCGAUAUUCCGGCUCUGCUUGCCAUAGUGUUCGGCUCAGUUGGCCCCAUUCACGUCGACGCUGAAAAGGUGGCCCAGCAUCUGGGCAUAAGCCUGGCCACGGUUCCGCCGAAGUUCACGGCGCUUCGAAAGCGGUACAACCUCGAGAUCAAGGUCAUCAACUCUGGGGCUUUGCAGCGCAACCGACCAAAUAGCCCUAAGAAGAGGCUCGCUGUGCAAGGGCCCAAACCCAUGAGGAAUACCAGUGUCCCAACACAAUCGGGCAGCGACACCGAGGUCAACCUGCCAGAAGAACUCCUCUUUGAGCCUGCGGCAGCUGUCAAGCAAGAGGGAGCGUGA